ACCCAUCCGAGUACUUACGAAGGUGGAACUCGAUCACCACCGAAUAUCCGGAUGACCCGACGGAGCGGAGGAAGCGGCCAAUGGACGACGCUUCUUCUCGUCACGUGAGCACGGCGACUCCUCCCUCCGGGCAGGACCGCGAAUGAAGUCCAUACGUCAUCGACUCGGUAGGUCGGCGCGCGCGAUGGUCGCGCUGGCAAUCUUCGACUCGUGCAGAUUCGCGGACGACCCAAAACCCGACACCUUCCAUGAAGAAGACGGAAACUUCGAACAGUUACAGUGACGGAGAUGAAGUCCUCAACGUGGACAGUCCGUUGGUGACGCCAGACUCGGACUUCGAUUCGACCCCCGGGGAAGACGGCAUGGCGUGCCUCGGUCCCACCGACCUCUUGCCGAGUGAACUGGAACUGAGACCGGGUCUUCUGCCCGGCCAGGUCACCCUCUGGACCAAAAUUAACCUGAAAAAGGGGACUCGCUUCGGACCCAUCCCCGCACAGUUAAGAGAGUCUUCGCCUCCUUCGCCGUACGUUUGGAAGAUUGUGGAUGUUUGCGGAGUGACCAAGGCCUGGGUGGACACGACGGUGGCCAGAGGGGGACAGUGGACGGCAUUUUUGAGGAGAACGGAAGACAGGUUCGCCCACAACGUCACGCCGGUCAUCUGUAACGGUCAGCCGUAUCUCGAAGUCACCAGGGACAUAGAGAACAGCCAAGAACUACACUUGGGGAGUUGCGAAAUCCUUCUGACUAAUUCGGAAAACUUCAGAAUCGACCAGUCGGGAUCGGCGUUGCCAGUCUGUUCGGACAACGUUCGCAACUCGGAAUCGCCGUCCAAGAGCCCCGACGGGGAUCAACCUCAACCUCCACCCCUCAUUCCUAUCCCAGAAGAAGCGGCCAAAUGCCCCGCCUGCGAAGAAGUCUUCGGUGACCGGCUCAGGUUAAACGACCACAUUGUUGCCUGUCAUUACCCCGACGAAGGAGGAAACGAACGAGAGUACAAGUGCAACCAAUGCCCCAAAGUAUUUAAUUGGAAGAGCAAUCUCAUCCGACAUCAGGUAGCGCAUGACGAAUCUCGACGCUACGUCUGCGAAAACUGCAAAAAGGUCUUCACCGAUCCUAGCAAUCUCCAGCGCCAUAUCCGAUCUCAACACAUCGGAGCCAGAUCCCACGCCUGUCCCGAGUGCGGCAAGACUUUCGCCACUUCCAGCGGUUUGAAACAGCACACCCACAUUCACAGCAGCGUCAAACCUUUCCGCUGCGAAGUCUGCUUCAAGGCGUACACUCAGUUCUCGAACUUGUGUCGGCACAAACGCAUGCAUGCGACGUGUCGCAUGCAAAUUAAGUGUCACAAAUGCGGACAGGCUUUCUCGGCUGUUACGUCGUUAUCCAAGCACAAGCGGUUCUGUGAAGGGACUGCUACAGCCGACUCUAGUUUCUGCGUCACCAGCACGGCGCCCGUGUCUUCUUACGAACCCGACAAGACGUCUCCUAUGAGCAUAACCUCUAAUCCAUUAGUGUUUUAUCCACGUACCGGUCUGCCCCUCUAUCCGCCGUCCUUAUUUGGUUACCCUUUGUUUUCCGGAACAUCUCUACCGGCUCCACCUCCUCUCAUUCCGGACACGUAUUUCGUGGUACCUCCCGGAGCAUCUCCCAGUUCGACGACGAAACAAAACGUCCGAUCCCUGGGAAAAUCGGAAGCGUCGGAAUCCGAAGCUUCUGAAGAAAUCACGUCGGACACCGCAGGAGACGACAUUUCUUCUUUCAGCGACAUCGAGUCUGAAGGGGAUCCAGUCCCCGGCUCUGGAAUGUUCUCCAGUCAGCGUCAGAGUUCGCCCAAACAGGGAGCAGUGUGUCCGGAACCCACCAACAUCACCCCUAACAUCACCUCCAACGGUCUCUUGCGUCCUCUGUCGAUGAACUGCUCUAGUAGUGUAGAUAUGGAAAUGCCUUUCGAUCUCUCUCAAAACAAGACCAGGAUACCCUCAAUGGAGUGUCGCCAGUUCCAGUCUAACGCGAAAGAAGAAGGAAAGACCGACGAACCUCUGGACCUAAGGGUCAUUCACAAGAAGAUACCUUCCUUGGAAGACAACCAGCACAAAACUCAUAUAUUCGGCGAGAAGGAGAGAUCUCUGGCGCUGCCGCUACCGCCUCCGGUGGGACACGAACCCGCACCAAUUUCUCCCAGCAAACUACCCGUGGCGUAUCCUCGGCCCCUUCCUCCCAUGUUUUUGGAAUCGAUGUACCGGCUGCAGGAGAAACCGCCUUUCAAUUUGUUCGCCAGUCCCGACAGAUUGAUGGCUCCUCUGCAGCCACCCUAUCCGUUCCUCAGUCCUCUAUUGGGUAGCAAACCGACGUUCGACUUUAUGAGAGCUCACAUCAACAAAGUGGGAAAACCCAUGCACGAGAUGCUGUCGCCUCAUCUGAAUAAAACAAAGGAACGUUACUCCUGUAAAUUUUGCGGAAAGAUCUUUCCCCGUUCGGCUAAUUUAACCAGACACCUACGGACUCACACCGGCGAACAACCCUACAAGUGUAAAUACUGCGAGAGAUCGUUCAGCAUCUCGUCGAACCUUCAGCGACACGUUCGCAACAUCCACAACAAGGAGAAGCCCUUCAAAUGCCCCCUGUGCGACCGGUGCUUCGGUCAGCAGACCAAUCUGGAUCGUCACCUGAAGAAGCACGAGAGCGACGGUCCUACUAUUCUGGACGAUUCUCCCAGAGCUCCGGAGACGGACGACAAAGACGAUGCAUACUUCGAAGAGAUCCGCAACUUUAUAGGCAAGGUGACAAAUCCUCCGAAUAACGAGAGCCAACAAUUUGGCAACAGCGUGGACGAAUCGGGAAAGCCGUCCUGCACCGUCAAAGAGGAGGAGGAGGAGGAACCGACUAGGAAAAAGUCCAAGUUAGAAUCCAACGGAGGAAACUACAGUAGUUCCGCCAGCGAAUGUAAUUCCACGGGAGACUACAGCGACAGCGAAGCGGCAUACCCUUCUCCGUCCAGGAACGGAGAGACCAACUACGAAGUGGUGAUGGCUCUGAACCGAAAACUGGACUUAUCCAACGGCUCUAAGGAUUGGCACGAAGAGAAGUCGGAGGAGAAGGGAGCCGCCGGGAAAGAGAGCGCGGAGUGACAAUCCUCUACCCUAGUCAACAAAUAUUUACCUUCGACCUACACCAAAGAAGAUCAGAUGUAAAAUAAUGUUAUAGUGACCUGUAUCAAAUCGGACUCGUUAACGCUCACUACCCGCAACAAUGCGAUCCGCUCCAAAGAUUCCUGUACAAAAAUCCAACCGUUUCCGAACUCGAUAGAGAUUCUUUGGAGUCGGAAGAAGGGGGCCGAAAAAUACAGUUAUUUCUCGUCGAGGCGGCAAUACCGUUACUCUGCCUGUUUUCUUUCUUCUAUUUAUUGCUUAUAGAAUCAUCUAAUCUGUAUACGGAAUUUGGGAAAAAGAAUUAUUCUGCGGUAUGUCCUGUGCCUUAUAAUUUUAACUUCUGGUCAUUUACGCUUCGUCCAUCCUUUGUUUCGUUUCGUCAGGAGUCGCGACCAACGGACGGUGUACCCGAUGGACCGGCAGCCGUUUGUCUGUACAAUUUGCAAUUUCUGUCAUCCGAACUUAGGAGCUGUACAGAUCGCUCACCGUCUCCGUUCGUGUAAUGUAGAACUUUCAAGUUCACAAUAAAAGAAAACGUUUACACCAGA